AAUAUUGAUAAACGAAUAAGAUAACCAUCUCUCUUUAACUUACAUAUUUACGGAUAUUAACUAGAUAUAUUCAACAAUGACUAUCUGAAACAUCAAUUCCAGAUUCAUUAAACGAGCUCUGGUCCCUUCGUCUAUACUUUGAUACUCUUAUUUUCUUCCCUUAUAAUACUAGAAGAUGUUGCCCUGCUACCUUCAUCGUCUAUGUUGAUGGCGUGUUAGUGUCCAGUAAAAACUCGUAAGAGUUUAUACAUCAUCCGCACAUCAUAUUAGAGAAUAGCCUUUUCUUCCGGGUGUAUUAAAACCUAAGUUAAAUAAUUUAUGCUAGAGAGAUUGCUAUUGUCCCUCUAUGGAAAUAAUCAAGCUUUAUCUUAAUAAAGAUGGACCACACAAUUUAGAUAUCAAUUGCCUCAAAUAGUCAUUUUGUUCCAUCAAUCUACAAAAAAGAAAAUGAUGGUUGACCUAUACGUUAUUGGUUUUCUUCUAGAAUCAUAAAUAAGAAGCUUAUUUUCCUUAAUAGAGAAUUAUGACUUUCAAAGUCAAAGACACCAAGUUCUAUUCUUAUUACAAUGAAAAGAUAUAGAAAAGUGUAUAUUAUAUAUUUAUAGUUAAAGUUACUAUAAGUAGGACAGUGUCAGCUACCUUAUAUUAUCUUAUGUAUUACUAAUUUUAAUCAGCACUUAUGGUUCUUAAUGCAAACAAAGCCUAUAAUUGAAGUCACAUUUCAGCCUUUUCAAGGAGAUUUAAUACUUUAUUUUUCAUUCUUAAAAGUCUAUCUGAAACUCGGUUGAUUUUUUCCGAUACAACAUUAAAUUAUCUUAUUAAACAACUAUGGAAAGUAUUAGAUUACCUUAUAGCUAUUUUACUAAAGAGGAGUCAUGCUUUUUGGCAAUAGAUGCAGGUUGUUCAUUAACCAAACUUGCAUAUGUGAAUAAAAAUGAUUGGAAUGAUGGAAUAAGCAAUCAAAAGAAUAAACCGGAUUUCGUCAAUGUGACACUCAAAGUGUACGAUUCAAGUGAAGAUCCAAUGAAUAUUAUUCAAGAUGUAGAAAAGAUUAUUGCUAAAGGAUCGUGUAUUAAUUUAUGCGGAACAAUGCUGUCCAAAUUUUUAGCUCCAGUUGAAAAAUUUCUAAAUAUACGAUGUGUUACUAUAUCUGAAUUUGAUUCGAUUGGAUCAGCGUUUGCAGCUUUAAAAGAUGAAAAAGAUAUCUUCGAACAUAAUGACAAGGAUGUGAUUGAGGACGCUCAACGACACUUGAUUCCAAUGAUACUUGCUUUAGCUCCUUUCGGAUCGUAUCAUUUGAAUAAUUGGGAUGAAAAUAGCGAAUCCAAGACCAUUGAGUUACCUUGCAUGGUAGCAACUAUUGGAGCUAGUUGUCUGUACUUUAAAUUAGAUAGUGAAGGCGAAAUAACUCCAGUAGACGGUAGUAUGUUUGCUGGUUCAACUCUACUCGGUCUCGGAUCAUUAUUAACUGGUUGUAAGAAUUUCGAAGAAUUAGUUCAAUUAGCCGAAGCUGGUUCGAAUAAAAGUCUAGAUAUUUUUAGCAGAGAAUUAAUAUAUAAUUCUGGGGAUUUUCAACAAGAUUUUAUGCCACCGGAUUGGAUCUCAUACGCUUUUGGAAAAGCUAAAGGAUGUAAAAUAGAAGAUUUUAGCAAAGAAGAUCUUGCAAAUACAUUAGUUAAUAGCAUUCUAAUGAAUAUAACUCAUACAUGUCACAUGUGCGCUCAAACUAACAAUUUGACAAGAAUUUAUAUUGUUGGAGGACUUUGCAUGAGUAGAUUAGUCAGAGAUACAAUAACUAGAGAUAUUGUAUUACGUUGUGGUCUACGAAAAGGAAAGGCAAAAAAAAUAGAUGUUUUCUUCCUUAAACAAGCCGUUUACUUCCAAGCAAUUGGAAAUCUUUUGUAUAACGAUUGCAUUGAAAAUGAAGCAAAUCAGACUAAUAAUGACGCUGAAUAAUUUCUCCUAUAUUUUCUUCAUUCUCUCCUCUUCCACCUCCUCUCUUUCCAGUAUGAUCGAAAAGAAGAAAAUCCCAUUAAUUCUUAAUAAUUUAGAAUAUUUUCAAUGAAUAUUUAUGCUAUCGAUCCUUUUGCAUAAUUAAUAAAAGAUGUAUCGUCAACAUGUACAUUUCUAUAGUAUAUAGGAGUAAACAACAGAUUUACCAUGGCUUUGAUUCUGACCAUAGGAAUUGCUGCCGCUUGUGCAGUAGGGAUUUGUGGAGUUUUUGGUGCAUUCUACUGGAUCUGCUUUAAAAUUAGAGGAACUAAUCAUCGAGAGAAAGUUAAAGCUUUUGCUAAAGUAAACAACAGGACAAGUAUAGCUUGAAAUGAAGCUUUUAAAGAUUAUAUCAACUAUAACCAACUAUUUGAUUUAAUUAAGUAUAUACAGUAAAUGUUGUUAACAUUUUCACUUUUCUAGAAAAAUGUAUGGUUAAGAUUAUCAUAUAACCACAAUGCUCAGUUCUAAGCAGUAUUUAAUCAAUUCGAAACAAAUGGAACUAUAAAAUAAACUGUCAAGAAAAAUUUUGAGGCGUCUAUUUAUUUAUUUUUUUGAAGUUUGUACAACAAAAUGAUAUUCUAAUAUAAGAAAAUGUUUUCUUGUUUUGUUUCGAUGCUAUCGUCUUUCAUUCUCACUGAAAUUGUUAUUCUGAAACCAUCCGGAAAGAAACCUUUCGAGACACCUACAUACUGGCACCUUCAACGUCUUCUCUUAUAAACUUUCUCGAUCUCUCGAAACACCAUAACAUUACAAUCGUUUCGAGCCUGAUGUAAUGAUGAUUUUGUGCAACAGUAGGUGGCGCCUAUAGUAUCAUCAGUUUCCUAACUACCUGAUGUUCCAGAAACGUUAGUCGAAGUUUAUCAACUAAUGGUUUUCAGUUGAGAAAAUGGAAAAGUUGUAUUUUAUAUCUCUAACGAGAUUAAUUAAUAAGUCUUUUCUCUAUAAUUUUCGCUUUUCGUAUUUUUUCGGCCUAUUUCCUGCUUUUUCGUGUACAAACAACUGAUUUAAUUUCAAAAACAUUGUAAGCUGUUUUUUUCCCCUUUUUUUAUGUAUAAGUCGAUGUGGGAAAGAAAUAAAAGACAAGAAAAAAAAUCUUACAUGACUAUAGAAUAAUAAAUUAGAAUCAAGAUAAAGAAUCAAAAUUUUUAAUACAAACAAAAUCUGUACUCUCUUUAUAAGUAAAAACAAUAUGUGUAGGCUUAUGUCAAAAAAGAAAAAGAGAAGGAAAUAAAACGACACUGGAGAAUUUAGAUGAGGCAUUUUAAGAAAAAAAACUACUUAAAAAGAAUAAAAUCAUAAUAAAAAAAAGAAGUGAAUGACUUAAAAAGCUCUUUUAAGAUUAAGUAAAACAAAAACAAAACAAGAGAGAGAAAUUGGCUAACUUAUAGAAGAAAAAAAUAGAUAAGUCGGCAGAAAGAGAGAGAGAGAGGAAGAGUAGCAGCAGGAGAGUGGGAAAGAUAGGGAUGGAAAAAGAGAGGAAAGAGCCAAAAGACUGAAUCCUAUAUAAAUGAUAAAGGCUCUAACAAUUAACGGAACUUUCGCAUCUUUCUUCCUUUCCCAACCCCAGCCCCCUCUCGCUCUCCUUUUUUCAGGUCUGUCUUACUCAAAUACACCCACACACACACAUAUAUAUACAUAUGUAUAUAUAU